AUGUGGCUAGGUUUUUUGGACGGCGAGGGCGCGGCUUGGUUCGGGGCGGAGAAGAAGGUCGCGUGGACAGCGGGAGGGAGCCGGGUGCUGUUCGGGCAUGGCGUGGCAAUGGGCGAGCGACGGGUGGCUACCGGGGCUGCGACGGCAACGUGCGGAUGGGGUCGUCGGCCGGUUGUGGUGGCAGCCUGUCGGCUGGGCGCGGAGCGCUCAGAGGGAAUCGGCAACUUGGAGAAGAGUACGUCCAUUGAUGUUAUUGUAGAAGGCAGUGGUGGUGUUUCUGAUGAAGGUGAUCAUGAUACGUCCAUUGAUGUUGGUGUAGAAGGCAGUGGUGGUGUCUGCAAUACAGAGCAUUCCACUGAUGGUGGGGUAGAUCGCAGUGGUGCUGUUUGUUAUGAAGGUGAUCAUAUUGAUGGUUGUGUAGAAGGAAGUGGUGGUCGAUGUGAUGAAGGUAAUUCAACCGAUGUUGCUGUAGGGGCUAGUGGUGAGGGCGCCAAUGAACACUGUUCGACCGACGUUGGGUAUGCUGGGUCUGUUGGUUUUGAUUGUAGGCAUGGUACACUUCGGAAGAGGAGGGAUGGUGUUGUUGUGGAGAGACAGGUGAAUCGUAGUCUUGAUGCUGGCCACCAAAUGUUCAUUGUAAUUUGUGUUCGGGCAAAUAUUGGUUAUGUUCGGUCGUAUAAGCUGUUUAAGGAGAUUGUUGGUGAGUAUUCCAAUGUUGGUGCUACUGGGGUGGAUUUUAAGAAUUUCAAGCGUGAUUUCAUGGCAUACAUAUUGAAUGGUGAUGCUCAACUAUUCAUAGACACGCUUUUUAAAAGGCGUGAAUUGUGCGAGGCUUUUGAGUUUGAAUAUGAUGUUGAUGACGUUGAUCAGCUUACAAGGGUUUUUUGGGCAGAUGCAGUAUCGAGGAAGAGUUUUUCAUUGUUUGGUGAUGUUGUUUUAUUCGAUGCUACAUACCGCUCUAACAGGUAUAAUUUGGUGUUUGUUCCAUUUACUGGAAUCGAUAACCAUAAGAGAUCCAUCACAUUUGGUGCUGGUUUACUUACGAGGGAAGACGUAGACUCAUAUGUGUGGCUUUUGGAGAGAUUUAAGACAACUAUGCGUCAUGAACCUAUUUGUGUUGUUACUGACAAAGAUCCAGCUAUCAAGAUUGCAGUUGCUCGUGUGUUUGGUACAUCAAAACAUAGAUUCUGCAUGUGGCAUAUAAUGUGCAAAGUUGGUGAGAAGGUUGGACCGGUUUUAGCUGAGGACGAGGUGUUUAGGAGGAAGUUGAAUGGCAUUGUUUGGAACAAAUCUAUAGAUUCCAAAGCUUUUGAGGAUUCAUGGAGUCGUAUUAUAGAGGAAUAUGGUUUGGUUUAUAAUGGUUGGUUUCGUUACUUGUUUGAGUCUCGUACAUUUUCGGCAUCUCCAUACUUUCAUGAUGAGUUUAUGUCAGGAUUUGUUAGGACAACGUCUCGAUCAGAGUCUCGAAAUAGUUUUUUUGGCAGUUUCUCUAAUGGUCAUUCCAGUUUGGUUGAGUUUUUGGUGCAUUUUGAUAGUGUUAUUAGUGCACAACGGCAUGUACAAGCAAAAUUGACUGCUGACUCUAAAUCUUGUUUUCCUGUUUUGAAGACUCCAUUGGCGCUGGAGAAGCAUGCAAUGGAUGUUUAUACCAUUUCUGUAUUUUAUGAUGUGCAAGUAGAGAUUUGUGAAGGUUGUUUUUCUUGUCGAGUGGUGUCUUUGUGUGAGUGUGAUCGUAAGGUGUGUUAUGGGAUAAAAGAUGGUGACAAUAAGGCAUGGUGUGUGGAGUUUUUGUUGGCUGACUCUACUGCUACUUGUUCAUGCAAGAUGUUUGAGCGGAUGGGGUUGGUGUGUAGGCAUAUUUUUUUUGUGUUUAAAGAUCGUGGACUUGAGAGAAUUCCUUCUAUGUAUUCGGUGUCUCGGUGGACAAAGGGUGCUUGUUUGAAGCCAAUAUUUGAUAUUGAUGAUACGGUUGUUGAUCAAUCGGCUAAAGUGGAUAAUGUUAGGGUGCUUGCUAAUCUAAUGUGCUCAGCAUCGUUCACCUUGAUGUAG